UAAAUCUUUUAUCAAUAUUUUGCUGCAAAUUACAAGAUUAAUAGUCAGAAAUUCAAUUUCAUCUUGAUUGAAGGGUUUGAACGCAAUUUCAUUUUGAAACGAUGAUAUGUAAUCGCGAGUCCAUAUUUGGAGCGUUUCCAGUUUUCAUGAUUUGCAUCGAAGAAAAGGGCAUUUUGCUGAUACUUGAGGGUCUCAAUCAAAAUUAUCCAUAAAUUUAUUUCAGUUGAAUAUCCAUCCAAAAAUUUGUAUCACUGCAAUUGGCCUAAUGAUAAAGCUCCGAUGAAGUUCAGGCAAUGAUAUAAUUUCAUGAGCCAAUGUGAAGGUUUAGAGCUGCUUGCUAUAUGAUCUAGUAUUAAUGCCAGAUGAAAAUAUGAUAAAUUGAAAUUAGAAACACCCGAACGAUAUUCACUAUCAGCAAAGACAAUAGCGAAUGGGGAUUUUGAGAAUUCAAUCAGAUAAUCCAAUCGCAAGUUCGUUUCUUUGAUAUUAAAAUAUUAUCUUCAACAAAAGCGAAAACUGAAAUGAAAAAAAGAUAUAAAUUCCAAUAUAAAUGUGUACAUCAUGACAAUUUUGCAGAUACUAUUUAUGAAAUCGUUAUAAUUUGUAAUAAUAAAUUUUCGAACUGGAGUGACUUGAAUCCAACAUGAUCAACACUAUUUUCAAAUUUUUGAUUGUUUGUGCGUUAACGCAUUCAUUUUCUUGCCUCACUUUAGAUGAAAUUGACCAAUCUGAUAUUCAACAGAUAGUUGAAGCUCGUGGUUUUAUAUGUGAACCUCAUAACAUAGUAACAAGUGAUGGUUACAUAUUGGGCAAUUAUCGUAUUGUGAAUCCAUUUGCUCCAAAAUAUUUUGAUAAACCUUUGAAACCUGUACUUAUUCAAAGCGGAUUUCUAGGUUCAGCGGUUGACUUCAUUAUUAACUCUCCAUAUGGUCAGCUUGAUGAAAAUAUCUUAGCUAACUUUACGGAUUUGGAUUCAAUUGAUUUUGAUUUAGUUGGAAGAGAUUUGGGUUUCAUUUUAGCUAAUUUAGGUUAUGAUGUAUGGUUGACCAACCCAAGAGGUAACUAUUAUUCAUCUAAUCACACCACAUUGGACCCAGAAGCAGAUAAGAAAAAGUUUUGGUCCUUUUCACUUGAUGAAAUGGCUUUGAUUGAUUUACCAGCAAUGAUCGAUUAUGUUCUCAAUAAUACUGGACAAAGUUCACUUGGUUACAUUGGAUUUUCACGAGCAAGUUUGGUAAUGUUUGCAUUGUUAUCAGAAAAGCCUGAAUAUUCUGAUAAAAUAUCACCAUACAUCUCAUUGGCACCACCAGUUUAUUUAACCAAUGUCAACUCUCCAAUCAAGGCUUUGGCUUCAACCAAAUUUGUUGCCAAUUUUAUUCGUGAUCAUCCUGGAUCUUGUUUUAAUCGAGCAGUUACCCAAGUAGCUGGAGUAUGCAAUAACAUCUUAAUCAAACCUAUUUGUGACAUAAUUAAGUUAAACUUAGUUUCAAUAGAUAGAGAAACAGCAAAUGCAACUCGAGUAGAUAUUUACCUUUCUCAUCUUCCCGCUGGAGCCUCAUGUUGGGAUUUCAUUCACUUUGCUCAAAGAAUGAUAAAUCCGGAAUUCACUCGUAUUGAUUUGGGUCCUGAUGCUAACAUGAAAAGAUAUGGAUCCAAAACACCACCUAAAUACAAUUUGAAAAACAUUGUUAAUCAAAAUAUUGCAAUAUUUCAUUCAACUGGUGAUACAACCGCUAAUCCAGCUGAUGUAAAACGAUUAAUCGAUGAAUUGGAAGUUCCACUGAUUGAAAGAGUAACUAUUGAAGAUGAAAAAUUUUCUCAUUUGGAUUUCCUUUUCGAUAAUAAUAUUGGUCAUUUGGUGAACAAACCAAUUGCUAAAAUUUUAGCAAAAUACAGAUAAUUAAAGGAGCUAAUUGUAAUUAGAUACAUUUUUUGAUAAAUUAUUUAUUUAUUGAAAUAAAAAUACAUUACUAGACACAAGAUAA